UCGUCUUUUUUGUUCAUUUUCAACAUAAUUUUAUUUAAAGCUCGUAAAAAGUAGACAAAAAAGAAAGAAGACAUGUCUGGCUCCUUUUUCGGCACUGGAUUUGGAUUUCCAGAUGAUGCAAUUGCGCUCGGUCGGGACUCAUUCCGCCACAUGGAAGCCAACCAUGAUUUAGAUGCCAGGCUUGAGAGCAUGGUCCUGGAGGGUGAAGAGCUCGGCGGACAGCUAGACGAGAACCUGGACAAUUUCAACGAUGAGACUUUUGAGGCUGAUGUCAAGGAAAUUUCAGGCAAGGAAUUCGAUUUCCAACAGUACGCUAUGCAGCACCAGGCCAAGGUCCCACAGCAGCAGCAGCACUCUCAGCCUAUGGCCUCUGGCGGCCAGCUCGAUGGCGGGAGAAUGAUGACGCUAGCUGAGGUUGAGGCGCAGAUUGUCCAGCAACGCGUCCAGGUGCAGCAGGGUGGACGGCGCAUGGCUGACCCUGAGGUCAUUGCGCAGCGCAGGGAGGCUCGGCUCAACAGACAGAUGGAGCUCUCAAAGUACGACAACAUGAUGUCGAGACACGACAAGGAUUAUAUUAUCAGGAUCCAAGUCUCACAGCUGCUCACGGACGACCCAGCUGCAGAUGACUUUUACUGCCACAUGUACCAAUUGUCUCGCGGCGCCAUGUUCAAUCCAGGCGUCGUUCAGACUGUGGGCCGCAAUAUCAGUGGUUCGGCUACGCCGAGGUCGUCGGCCGGCACCCCUGGCCCUUCCAACGCCAUGCAAGGCGACUAUCAGCAUCAUCAGCAGCAGCAUCAGCAGCAGCAUCAACAUCAGAAUCAACAUCAGCACCAACAGCCUGAGAAUCAUCCCAAUAGACCGCCUAACAGCCAGGGAAGCAACGACUCGAGAAGACCAGGCUCGUCGCUAUCCCACACCAUGCAUCAGCAGCAACAGCAUUUGGGCCGUACCCACCGCAGCAACACGCAGAGCUCAAUGGCACGCAUGCAACAACAAGUGCAGCGCAUCGUCAACGAGGCGCGUCGGCGCCCCAAGGCCGCUCACGUGGCAGCCGAGGGUGCCCUGGGCAAAAUAUCCGUCAACUCCGCACGCAACCCCAAGCAAGUCAUUCAGGUCCAGCAGCGCAGCCACUCGGGCAGCAUAUCCCUGCACUCCGACAUCCCCAAGCACUCUCCGAGCACUCACGAUCUCGGUGGUAUAUUCUCCGGCCUCGGAGACACCCGCAAUCCUGCCGGUGAGCGUCGCAAGACGCUGCGCUCUAUCGAGAACGUAUACUCGGCUGUUUUGCGCUUGGAGCAGAUGAUUCGCGAGCAGGUGCGCUUGCCGCCGAAUGCCGACCACCCGGCGGUCCAGAACUGGCUGUCUAACUAUACUGAGGCCAAGGAGAAGGCGUGGGCAGAGCUUGAUGCGUCGCAGCCCAUUUCCAACACGUAUCCACAUCCGCUUGUGCGCUUCCUGUCGUUUUCAAAGGGAAAGAGGAUCGUGCCCAGGCUUGUCCACCACCUGACUAUUGACCAGGUGCUGGCUCUGACGACCACCGUCAUAGCUAACUUUGAAACCCUGGAUGUGUGCCGCUUUGGCAGCUUUAGUUACUCGGCCGCCGGCUCCCUGGUUGCCAUGCGACAGCGCGAGGAGACCGAUCUGUUUUUGCACGCCGUCAUGCCGCCAACCCUAGCGUUCCUGUCAGAGACCUCGCUGCAGAUUGUCAACGGCCUGUUUGCGCUGUUCAUGGAGCGCAACAACAUUGCGUGGGUGGCACGCACAAGGCCGGCGCUGGUCUUUUUGACCGUGCUCCUGGGUCGCUCGGCUGCGCUCAAGCAGGGUGGUGCACAUGCAUUUGGCAUGCCGGCGGAUGCGCAGGAGGUGUACCAGGCGGCAGAGUUGUAUAACCACUUGUUCAAUUCGCUCAGAGGCAACCUCGUAUCCAUCUUCCCACCGCCCUCGUCGCCGGCGCUGGGCCACACCAUGAGCCCAAUGGAGGACCUGCACGCGUGGCAAUUUCUGGCCACGCUUGCCAUUGGCGCAUCGGUCGAGCAGCAGCACACACUGGUGUCUGAGGUCCGGGAGAAGGUGCUGGAGAAGGUCGUGCUGGCCAAGAGUGGACAUCUGCCGAUGGACAUUGCAACGGCGCUUACCGCAAACGUCAAUCUCUUCUUGAACGCGCUCGGAUUGGACGCAUCGCAGGUUGCCACUUGACCGGCAUUUACCGUAUCUCUCAGAAAUUAUACAUUUGCGUA